AUGAUCAACCCGGGCAUCGUCUACAUGCUGGUGAGUGGGCUGGAGCUGAAGCUGAUUCGAGUUGAGAUGAGCGAGCUUCGAUGGCCUGCUGACAGCGAUAGCAGUGUCGUCCACUUCCACGCAGAGCACCUCUCGCUACCGCUCCCGCCGCUCGUCACCAUACCUGUCGUCGUACUCCCCAUCGGCGCCUUCGUCAACGCAUACAUAUACCCGAACUUGCUACAUCAUGCGCACGCCUGCACAACCAAGGCUCGCUGCCUCUCGGUCGGCCGUCUAGCGCCCAUCGUCUUGCAGGCCCUGCAGGCCGUCGCCACCGCCAUCCUCGCCGCGCUGCUUCUCGAGGCCCUGCUGCCGUCGCCCGCCCUCGACCGCGUGCUCGAGCGUGAGUGGCGUGCCAUGUAUGACGCCCGCGACGCCGACCGCCUCCGGCUUGUUCAGGAUACCUAUCGCUGCUGCGGCCUGCGGACCAUCCAUGAUCGUGCCUACCCCUUCGAGGGCACCUCUUGCACCGUGCUCUACGGACGUACCGUCUCAUGCGAGGCCCCGUGGAGGUCCGCCAUGCAGGCCACCUCGACCGUGGACUUUGCUGUCGUCGUCGUCGUGGCCCUGAUGCAGAUUGUGGGCUUGCUCAUCAUGCGCGAGCGCACCAAGUGGUGGACCGAGUUGCGGACCAAGGGCUGGACCCAGGCCGAUUACGAUGCCAUAGCCGGUCAGUCUCUGGUAGGCCAGGGAGACGAAGACGAGGAGAGGGGCCGAGGGUACGGCGCCGUGCGCGAGCCCUUGCCGACGCCGAACAUGAUGGAACGAAACAGCGCGAGCAGAUUGUGA